AUGACUUCUACAAUGGAUUUCGUUCACUCCCAUCUUGUCGAACCCGAAGAGGUCUCCAAAGUUUGUGCUACCGGACUGCCCGUUCGGAGAAGCAGAUACAAGAAUUUAUCAGAUGAGGCACUGGCGGACUUCCAUCAGAAAUGGGAAGAGGCCGUGGGAUAUUCCUUCUAUGGUGGCAGCUCCCACUCUGGAAGUAUCGCACUCUUCUUCCCGCCUGAAUGCAAGCCAGACAGAAUAAAGCCAUAUACUAGGUUGAUAGAGUACUUCUUCGCUAGGGAUGAUAUGGUGACGGCAAGUACUGCCGGAAAAACGAGACGAGAAAUGCCCGAAAAUACCGCAGGAGGGGUAAGUUCACCCCGAGACAAGGGUGAUAUGAGCAAGGUGAAGCAGAUACAAUCCGAGAUCUUCCGAGAGCUGAUCGAGGUAGAUCGUCUUCGUGGAACCUUACUUCUUGACUCGUUGAAAAAAUUCGACAAAAUACACGAUACCCGGUCAGUUGAAGAUUUUCAGUCGUGGGAUGCUUACCUGGACUAUCGCUGUCAAGAUAUGGGCAUUGGGUUUAAUUUGACAAUCAUUAUAUACUGCUGUGGCCUAGAUCUUACACAAUCAGAUAUCGAGAUGCUGAUGCCGGUUUGGUGGCCUGCAGCGGCAGCAUCAGCCCUUACGAAUGAUGUUUACAGUUUCAACAGGGAAGCUUGUCUGGAGGUCCCGAGUAAUACGAACAUGGCCAAUGCUGUUUGGUACUUGAUGAAACAAGUCGGUUUACCAGUUUCCAGGGCAAAACAAUUACUCCUGGAAGAAAAGAUUCGGCCUUUGGAGAAGCAGUACAAGGAGAAUAUGGAUGCCUACUUGUCCAACUCAAGCGGAAACAGAUUGAUGACUCCAGAUGUCAAAGUCUUUUUAGACAUGGUGGGGUUGGGGCUUUCUGGAAACUGGUAA